UAUGGGUUGCUAAGAAAUCCUUCAACUGUUUUCCCUCUGUUCUGUCUCUCAGGACCUCCCUGAAAGGUAAAUGGUAUCUGGACAGCGGCUGCUCUAGACACAUGACUGGUGAACCUUCUUACUUGAUGAACAUUCAACCGAGUUCAAAUGGGGAAGUCACAUUCGGUGACAGAGUGAGCAAUAAGGUUAUUGGAACUGGCUGUUCAAAUUUGGGUGGAAUACCAAAACUAACUGAUGU